UUGCGGUCUGCCCCAAAACUUGCGCGUCAUUUAUCUCUUUAUACUUUCAACUUCAUCGUUCACACAACUCCGCUCUCUGCAGAUCUCAUGCACUAAAAGACUUCCAAAAAUGAAGAUGAAGCAAGCCAACCCAUCAGCCCCUUCCCCUUCCCCUUCUCUUCUCUUCCUUUUUAUCAUAACUCUAUCGGUGAUAGAACUAUCCGCCGGGGACCCCAGAUCACGAAUGAUCCAAAUCACGUGUGCGAACCAGCCAGAGCACAAUUCAACCAUCUUCGUCCCCAAUUUUGUGGCUAUGAUGGAAAAUAUCAGUAACCAAGUGCGCACUUCUGGUUUUGGCGUGGCUAUUUCUGGCUCAGGACCUGAUGCUAACUACGGUCUUGCCCAAUGCUAUGGAGAUCUGUCUUUGCUUGAUUGUGUAUUAUGCUAUGCGGAGGCGCGAACAGUUCUUCCCCAGUGCUUUCCUUACAAUGGGGGUCGCAUUUACCUUGAUGGUUGCUUUAUGCGAGCUCAAAAUUACAGCUUCAUUGAGGAGUAUACAGGGCCAAGUGACUAUGCUUUGUGUGGAAACGAAACCCGAAAGAACCCCACGUUCCAGGAGUCUGCAAGGCAGGCUAUAAAGCAAGCAGUUGCUGAUGCACCAAACAAUAAUGGUUAUGCAAGGAGUAAGGUGAUAGUGCCGGGAAUAGCAAAUGAGUCGGCCUAUGUGCUGGCUGAUUGCUGGAGGACUUUGAAUGCAAGCUCAUGUAGGGCAUGUCUGGAGAAUGCAUCGUCAUCGAUAUUGGGAUGCUUGCCUUGGUCUGAAGGGCGGGCACUGAACACAGGGUGCUUCAUGAGGUACUCAGAUACAGAUUUCCUCAACAAGGAACCAGAUAAUGGAAGUUCAAGAGGGACUGUAAUAAUAAUAGUAGUACCUACUGUAAGUGCUGUGAUUGUUCUUCUAGUACUGGGAGCGAUUGGAGUUUAUAUCUGGAAGCAAAGAAAGAUCCAAAAGAAAAGGAGAGGUUCCAACGAUGCUAUAAAAUUAGUUAAGACCCUCCAUGACAGUAGCUUGAACUUCAAAUAUGCUACACUUGAGAAGGCCACAGGAUCUUUUGACAAUGAGAACAAGCUUGGACAAGGAGGAUUUGGGACUGUUUAUAAGGGAGUUCUGACUGAUGGAAGAGAGAUUGCUGUGAAGAGGCUUUUCUUUAACAACAGACACAGAGCAGCAGAUUUCUAUAAUGAAGUUAACAUAAUAAGCAGUGUUGAGCACAAAAAUCUAGUCAGGCUGUUGGGAUGCAGUUGCUCAGGGCCUGAAAGCCUUCUCGUCUAUGAAUAUCUGCCAAAUAAGAGUCUUGAUCGCUUCAUCUUCGAUACAAACAGAGGUAAAGCACUGAACUGGGAAAAGAGAUGUGAGAUAAUCAUUGGGACAGCAGAAGGUCUGGCCUACCUUCAUGAAAAUUCGACGAACAGAAUUAUCCACAGAGAUAUAAAAGCCAGUAAUAUCUUGUUGGAUUCGAAGAUGCGUGCUAAAAUAGCUGAUUUUGGGCUGGCCAGGUCUUUCCAAGAAGAUAAGAGUCAUAUAACCACUGCCAUUGCAGGAACACUAGGAUAUAUGGCUCCAGAGUACCUGGCCCAUGGCCAGUUAACAGAAAAGGUAGAUGUCUACAGCUUUGGUGUGCUCUUGUUAGAGAUUGUCACAGGAAGGCAGAACAACAGGAGCAAAACUUCAGAAUACUCGGACAGCAUAGUCACUAUCGCAUGGAAGCAUUUCCAGCUAGGGACCUUGGAGGAACUUUUUGAUCCGAAUUUAAUGUUGCAUAACUACCACAAUGGCAACAUUAAGAACGAAGUUUUGAGAGUGAUGCAGAUAGCACUUCUUUGCACCCAAGAGGCUCCAUCAUUACGACCAUCAAUGUCAAAGGCACUACAGAUGCUGACAAAGAAGGAUGAACAUCUUCCAACACCCACUAAUCCCCCAUUUAUAGAUGAAAGGACCAUGGAACUUAAUGAGGCAUGUGUGAACCCAUCUUACCCCCUCAAUGCUGGCAUUUCUGGUUCAGUUGCCAAUAUCUCCCACAGUUCUUUCUACCCCAGAUGACCUUAAGAGGAGCUCGAAAUGAAAGUUUUACAGAGUACAGGUAACUCAAGCUGUGAGCUGUAAAUGAAAAAUCUGUCUCAGGUUAAGCCCAUUCUUCCUCACCUUCAUGUUGUAAGCAUCCCCUCAGAAUAUGUUGAUGGGCACAUGAGCAGUUGCUAAAAAACUAAAGGUUCGUAUCCAAGUGAGUUUACAAUAGUCAUCACACUGCUAGAGUAGGUACAGGACAAUGUGAAAAUAGAUUCUGAUUCAAAUUAUUAUAAAUUUUGGGUUAUUCCAAUUCCAAUAUAUAUAUA